AUGUCCAUAGUUCGCGUAGUUCACUCCUCUGGUAUAUAUUCCAGACCAGUAUCAUCAUUCAUAAUAAAAAGAUGUUAUUCCAUAUCCCCUUCCGAUUCAGAAAAGAAAUUAAGUCCAGACGAAGCCAAACAACAAGCAGCCCAACUCGCGAUGCAAUCCAUCAAGGAUUUCGGGUCCCUCUUAUCAUCCUCUCCCGAUGAAGCUACACAACCAAUAGAUACUGCUCCAAUAUAUGAAGACCCAAAAUUAUUUGGUUCUUUAAGUUUAUUACAUCAAGGACAAGUAUUGAAAGAAUUACAAGAUAAAUAUGAUAAAAAAUGGCAAAAAUUAACCAUGAAAGAUAAAUUGUUAGGUUAUUAUAUUGCAUAUGGUGAUUGGGGUGUUCGAGAAAAGUUUGAUAAUUGGAGAACUUUGGAAGCACCUUAUGAUUUACCAUUUGUUGUUCCUUCAAAAGUUAAAACUACAAGUCCAAAUAAAGAUACAAUUAUCAAGAAGUUAGAACCAGUUAUUUUGGCAGAAACUCCAGUUAGAAAAGCACAAUUUGAUUUCAAGAGAAUGGAUGGGGUAACUAAGUUUUUCAUAUAUUUAACUGUGUUUAUUGCCAUGUUUGGUAUUUAUAGAGAUAAGAGUAUUGGUGAAGAAGGAAGACCUAAAGAGCUUAUUGUUUUUGACCGUCAUGAAUUAGCCAGGCAAGAAAGGAUUGCUAAGGAAAAGGCGGAUGAAGAGAAAAGAAUACUUGAAGAAAAGCUUGCAUUAGAACAGAAGAAGAAGCAAAAGAAAUGGUAUUACUUAUGGUUAAGGUAA